AUGAACAUGGACGGCUUUCGUUGGGAUUAUGUCUCACGAGAGAAGACACUCAAAGGCUUUCCAUUGAUCGCUCAAAACGGUGUGUCCGCUAAAUACGUGAAUCCCAUAUUUCCGGCCAAUUCUUACCCCAAUUGGUAUGCAAUAACAACCGGUCGUUACGACGAGACUCACGGUAUGAUUCAAAACUAUAUGUAUGACAAUCAGACCGGCGAUCACUUUUUAAUGGGUCCGCACCCAAACGCCUCACACACUCAUUGGUGGACACAGAGUGAGCCGCUGUGGAUAACAGCUGAGAAACAGGGAAUUAAGACCGCUAUGUAUUUAUGGGACGGAUGUCAAGUGGCAUUCAAUGGCAUCGAAGUUACCAAUUGUGUUGAAUAUCAUACGGUCUCCGAAGACCAAAGCAAAGCAGAUGAAGAAACCCGAAACUAUAGUCAGAAAAUUUUAGACGACUUCGCGGACGAUAAAUAUAGGCUCGUAUUUCUGUACCACGAAAUGGUCGAUCACAUCGGUCAUGCCUUUGGACCCAAUUCUCCAACCAUUAGAGAAGCAAUUAAAGGAAUCGAUGAAAUUCUUUACGAUUUAUACGAUUCGUUAGCGAAGAGAAAGUUAGACAAAGAAGUGAAUGUUGUCAUCGUAUCCGAUCACGGAAUGACACAACUCGACGAUUUCAAACCAAUUGUUUUGGAAGAUCGUGUCGAUUUUGACAACAUCGAGGUAUUUCUUGGGGGAGGUUCUGGAGCACAGAUUACACCCAAAGCCGGCAAACUGGAUGAGGUCUAUAAGCAGUUACGUAGAGUGAAAGGCAUUAAAGUAUAUAAAAGGGACGACAUUCCCAAACAAUUUCAUUAUAAACACAAUUCAUUAGUUUUGCCUAUUUUGGUGACCGUUGAUAUCGGUUAUACUCUUCGAGCCCCUAUCAUUGAAGGAGUGGUAUAUCCUGCACAGCAAUCACAGAAAAAGCCAAGGGGUGGUAAUCACGGCUAUGACAUUAACGACACUGAUAUGAGAGGCAUUAUGUAUGGUUUUGGACCCGCUUUCAAGAAGAAUUUUAUGGCACAACCAUUAGAAAUGGUCGAUCACUACAACCUAUUCUGUCAUUUAUUGGGUAUUAAUCCCAUCCCUAAUAACGGAACCGAUAGUAAAGUGCGAGAAAUGCUUGUAAGC